AGCAGGGAGCCGCCAUUUUUAGGAGUUCCGCUCUGGUUCCGGUGGUGGCUGUUACAGUUUAUUCAGUUUUUUUUUUUGCGGAAAAGAAUGCUUCUUACAUUUUAACUAAAUAGGACCUUUAGAGAAAUGGUUUAACAAGAUAGUUAAAGGUGAUUUCAGAAUUAAACAAUAAUUGGAUUCUAACCCGUCUCCGCUGUGUAGCUUUGGAUAAAUCACCUAAGUUCUCUGAGCCUUAGUGGUCUUAUAAAACAAGAAAAAUAUCUAGCUGUCAGACUUUAGUGACAAUUAAAUGAGAGAAUAGUCUAGAAUACAGGUUGACAAAUAGCAACCAGUGGGUCCUGAUGAUAUGGGCUGGCUAGGAAGUUGCUUCAGAAAGGUGGUGAGUCAUUCCUGGACAACCUCAGAAGUGGUUAUAGUAAUCACGUGGGACCCACUGUGGAGAAACAAAAUUCCAACGACUGAGUUGCCAGUUCAGCAUUGCUACCUUCUCACUGGUUUACUCUGUUUCAAGUGUACUGGAUGGGACCAAUGCUGGGCACUAAUAUUGCAGGCCUGUCCUUCAAAUUUUUGUUCUCCUCUGAUGCUUCUCGGGAUAAGCUUGUGGCCUUUAUGACUUGCCACUAUACAAAGAUGGUGGACCUUACCAGUGUGACCCAUUCUGCCUUCUCCACCACCACACAGCCCCCACCUCUAGGUUCCAAGUUCAUUAACCAAGCCUGAGUACAAACGAACCUCUUUCCCCAAGCUUUCCUUCCCAUUUUGUCCUUUUCUCUUUCCUUGACCAGCUUGCUUCCCCAGACACCCUCGCCCCAACCUUUCCCUAGGGAUCAAGGUUUAGGAGCCUAGUGUCCUCUGAUCACAGCCAUAUUAAGAGGCAUUAGAUCCUCCCAUUGCUUCAUAGCCAUGACUCAGUUUUCUUCCUUUCAGUACUUCUCGCUAGGACUUUUUGAGUUAAAGAAGAUGAAGUACAAGCCGAUCCUGAGAUUUAACUACUAACCCCUUUUCCCCUCCCCAGCCCUCCAACCCCACUCCCAGCCUAUCCAUGGAAAAUAACCUCUUCCCCUUAUCUGUCUCUGUGGUUUAAAAGGCUAGGCUGAGAGUUUAGAAAGGGAGGUGCUGGCAUGGGUUGGGGGUAGGGAACCCAGGGCUAGGAGAAAGCCAGACACAGCAGAACUAUUCUUGUCCCAGAGCUGCAGGGUCCACAGAUUCCAGCCCAAACCAGCCAAUGGGAGAAGGCCCUCUAAUCCCAGAGGACUAAAGAAUUCUCUUCAGUUAUCCAACAUCCCUGCUGGACCCCACUCCUGACCCCACCCCCACCCUUACCCCUGGCCAGCUCAGAGGAGCCUGGAGGCCCCCAGGAGCACAGUCUCAUACUUCAUGAAAUAAACUCAACUUGACUGACCUUCCAAACUGUUGAGGAACGUUCUAAUAUAGAUGUCGAUCAAGGCUAUGAACUCCAACUUUAACAUGAAAAGAAAGGCAGCCUCUUUUGAGGCCCCCUGUUCUUGGUCCCUUACUUUCAGAGCCUCUCCAGCUCUGACCCUAACCCCACCUUCACACCCAGUACUCUGCUCAUCUCCCAGUUGAAGAGGGAGGGGAAAAUCCAGCAGCUUUAUCUGAUGCAUGAGAGUGGGCCCAGCCCUCUGCAGCUGUGAAGGGGUUAAGAGGCUGGGCCAGCCACCUCAGCCUGCCCCUCCCAGGGAUUAAGAGUCCUCUAUAAAGGGGACUGGCCACCCAGAUCAGGCCAGGGGGGUAUCAGGGACCCAGGCAUUGAGCCCAUCCCCCCUGCCAUGUGGGAACUGCGGUCAGCCUCCUUCUGGAGGGCCAUAUUUGCUGAGUUCUUUGCCACCCUCUUCUAUGUCUUCUUUGGACUGGGGGCCUCACUGCGUUGGGCCCCUGGACCCCUGCAUGUCCUGCAGGUGGCGCUGGCCUUUGGCCUGGCCCUGGCUACGCUGGUGCAAGCUGUGGGCCACAUCAGUGGAGCCCAUGUCAAUCCUGCAGUCACUUUUGCCUUCCUUGUGGGCUCCCAGAUGUCCCUACUCCGUGCCUUCUGCUAUAUGGCAGCCCAACUCCUGGGAGCCGUGGCUGGGGCCGCUGUGCUGUAUAGUGUUACCCCGCCUGCCGUCCGAGGAAACCUAGCUCUUAACACGUUGCACCCUGGGGUGAGUGUGGGCCAAGCCACCACGGUGGAGAUCUUCCUGACGCUCCAGUUCGUGCUCUGCAUCUUUGCCACAUACGACGAGAGGCGGAAUGGCCGCCUGGGCUCUGUGGCCCUGGCUGUUGGCUUCUCCCUCACCCUGGGGCACCUCUUUGGGAUGUAUUAUACUGGUGCAGGCAUGAACCCUGCCCGCUCCUUUGCUCCAGCCAUUCUCACCAGAAACUUCACCAACCACUGGGUGUACUGGGUGGGCCCAAUCAUUGGAGGGGGCCUAGGCAGUCUCCUCUACGACUUUCUUCUCUUCCCUCGGCUCAAGAGUGUUUCUGAGAGACUGUCUAUUCUCAAGGGUACCAGGCCCAGUGACUCCAAUGGACAACCAGAGGGCACAGGGGAACCUGUUGAACUGAAGACCCAGGCCCUAUAAAAGCUCCAGUUGGAUAGAGAAUGUAGGAAGCUUCUGGGUUUACGUGGAGACGUGGAGGGGCUAAGCCAGCCCCUGGAUGAAGAAAGAGACUGUGGGGAGGGGCAUGUACUUCUUUAUUUUUUAAUUUACGUGCGUGUUUUUUUUUUUCCUUUUGCCGUGUGAAAUCUUUCAAGUUGCAUUCAUGAGCUGGUUGGUGCAAACUUCCCUUCCUCCCCAUCCCACCUCUUUUCGCCGAUGUGUGUGCAUGAUUGUGCGUAUGAAUGUGAGUGAAUGUGGCUAUGUCUGAGUUUGGGGGCAUGGCAGGAGAGGUAAGGAAGGGAAAAGAGCUAUCAUCCUAUACCUUCCUCUCCCAACCCAGUGUGGUGAACACGGAACCAAGACCAGUCAAGUGUAUGGUUCUAGGUUUCUGAGGGAGCUGGGAAGCAAGGAGUACUCCUCAGAGGAGACAGAAGGAGAGAAGUGAAGGAGUUAAGGCAUUCCAAGGGUUGGGAAGAGCAGGUAGGGGCAGAGAGAGAGGAAAUAGAAGUAUUAGCCCCAGUUCAGGAUGCAAUUGUAUCAAAAAGUUUGAGGGAAGUUAAUAGAAGUGUAGCCUACUUAUCUCAGGGAUGCUUGCCCCAGGGACUUGGGUGGGGAAGUAGCUCUGAGAAAAGUGAACACUGAGGUUUGAACUGUUCUGUAAAGCCACAUAAACCUGUCUACAUCCAUUGGCUGGGUUUUGUGUUCAUUCUGGCAAGAUGGAUCUCUUUGGAGGGCCUGGGCCAGUGAGCUCCCAACCUAAACAAAGGGUGGGUGAGCCUAGAAUCUAGAAAAAUCAAGUAGUUUAAGGGUUCUGCCUGACAUUCCCAGUGGGGCCGCUAGGCAGAUGGUACUUAAGCCCCAGAAGAGCUCCAAGGCAAAAACAGGAAAUUGAUGCCUGGAGCAAAGGCAGAGGGGCGGGUGGGAGUGUAGGAGGGAUGGGCUUUGACCCUGAGUUUUAAUUUAGUUAGAGCAGAUCAAAACACUCUUCAAACGGCAUCUUGCUGCUUUUAUCACUAGUUUUUUAUUUUCCUUUUUUGUGUCUUUUCACUUUUCUCUCAACUGUCCUUUCAUCUUCAGCAAAUCUCUUCUAACUCUUCUCCUAUCCCAGAAAUUGAUUCCUUCUAUUCAAAUACUUAAUAAUUCAGGAGAUAAUUAUUCAAUCGAGCCCUAUCUUCUUUUGUUGUUGGCAAAAUACACUCAUCUCAGCACAGGCCAGAGGAGAUCCUCAAGUGAUCAAUGAAUAUUUAUUGUCGAUCUCUUCCUUUUAGGAGCCUCCUGCAUACUUCGCAAGCUUUAAACCUAUACUUCCAGUAUGACAGACACCCCCGCCCCGCAAAAGACCACUCUUCCCUGUAGCUCAAUUCCGCACUUCUUCCCAAAUAAAGCCUAACUUUUCUAACCAACCCUGUAAGACUUUGGAAUAAUCCACUUGACUAGGAGAAGGGGAAGAAUGUUUGUAAAUUCACUUCUAAUUGGGUUUUGAUUCCUAUUACCUUAAGUCAGCAAAAAAUUCAUUGCGUUGUGAUUUUUGGCUCAAUGUAGGAGAUGGACUCAGAUAAAACAGUACUUGUGACAGCUCCCCUUUUCCUUACUUUAUCACCACUACCACCCCGCCUGCUCGAGGUCACAUGGACCAGCCCGGUUCGCCCCGCCCCGCCCCGCAACCAGGAGGCGACUGGUCCCUCCCAAUCUGGUGGCGGGAAAAGCUGCAGCCGCGGGCGGGGGGACCGCUGCCUUCUCGGGGAUCCUGAGGACCGGCGGGGAGCGGGUGAG